AUAUAAACUUAAUGAGUUGCCUACAGUAAAUUACUAGUAGGGAUUUUAGUGGUAUGAAAUCUGUCGGGAAUUGUCCUUUUCAGUUCAUAACGUUGUUACGCGAGCACGUGGUUAAGAGUGUAAUUGUUGAAUUUAAAGGAAAAUAAAACCGUAAUCACAAUGCCGCUUGCUAAAGAUUUCCUUCAUCCAAGUCCAGCUGAAGAAAAGAAGAAACAUAAAUUGAAGAGGCUUGUGCAAAAACCAAACAGUUAUUUUAUGGAUGUUAAAUGUCCUGGAUGUUACGCCAUCAAAACCAUUUUUUCACAUGCACAAAUAUCAGUAGAAUGUGAUGGCUGUCGUACGAUACUCUGCAGAUCUACAGGUGGCAAAGCACGAUUAACUGAAGGUUGUUCCUUCAGAAGGAAGGUCCAGUGCUAAUGUAACAAUGGUUAAGACAACAUAAUGUACACAUUUCUCUUUAUAUUCAAGAAAUAAACAUAAUUACUACAUA